UAAAAAGGUGGAACCUGUUCCUAAGACUGCUCCAGUGAGGACCAAUAGCAGCGUGGUGAAGUCAGAGGAAGAAGCAGGAAUACAGAUUUCCAGCCUGUCCCCGAGAGAUUUAGAAAAGAAUGAAGAUAGUGAAGGUGGAGAUAAGCAACAUACUAAAGACAAAGAGGGGUCAAUGGAUUUGUCAGACCAUAGUUCAGAAUCUGAAACACAGAGAAGAGGCGAAAGUGAGGAGUCUUCAUGGCCACAGUCAGACCAGGACAAAGACAGAAACACGACUGAUGUGGUGGAAACAAUGGGAGAAACGCCUGCAGAGUACACAGAGGUUCCGUUGGAUGCUUUGGACAUCGCUGCUGCUGAUAGUCUAACCCUCUCUCCUCAUCACGAAGGCAGUGAAGCAGGAGACACAGAGCGGCUGGAGGAGCUUCCUCUGUGCAGCUGCAGGAUGGAGGCUCCUCGCGUCGACAGCACCAGCCACCGUGUCAGCAGACAGUGUAUGGCCACUGAGAGCAUCAACGGAGAGCUGAGGGCUUGUACCAGUCAGACCAUUAAAGCGGAGACCAUGCGUCCAUCCAGUCGUGUGACCCUCAUGGUGCUUUGUGAAGUCCAUCGUUCACACAUGGUCAAACACCACUGCUGUCCUGGAUGUGGAUACUUCUGCAUUGCGGGCACAUUUCUUGAGUGCUGCCCAGACCAGCGCAUCGCUCACCGCUUCCACAGAGGUUGUGUGACCGUGCUAAAUGGCGGGCGCAGCAGGUCAAACGGCGGUGGCAUGCUUUUCUGUCCUCACUGUGGUGAAGAUGCCUCAGAGGCCCAGGAGAUCACCAUCCCCCUCCUCAGAUCGGCUACGUCCUCCGCGACCACCGUCGUCUCCAUGUCGGCCUCCUCCACCACGACUCCAUCCCUACCCCCGUCUGCCCCCUCAGGACCCUCGCUCACAGCGUCCACAGGGGGGGUGAAGGACGGAAAAAUGCCCGAAAGACCUGUCAGUGCUCGCAUGCGCAGUCACGGCUUGAUAACACUGACAGCGGAGCAACAGCCACCACAGCCUGUAGCCUCAGCAUCGACCGCAGCUACUGUCCCCCCAGCUGAGGAAGGAGUGGACAGUGUGGGGCCCUCUCUCUGUAUGCCAAAUGGGAAACCCAUCAGCCCCAGUGCAUUUCCACCUGGGCCCAGCAGGACGGCGCUGCAGAAGGCCAUUCUGACACAGGACACAGAGAGGAGGAAGAAACUUAGAUUCCACCCUCGCCAGCUGUACCCUGCUGCUAAGCAAGGAGAGGUGCAGAGAGUCCUGCUGAUGCUAAUGGAGGGCAUAGAUCCAACAUACCAGCCUGACUCUCAGAACAAGCGCUCUGCUCUACACGCUGCUGCUCAAAGAGGUCUCCUAGAAAUCUGCUACAUGCUGGUUCAGGCAGGCGCUCAUGUGGAUGCCCAGGACAAAGACCUGAGAACACCUCUGAUGGAAGCAAUCAUCAAUAAUCACAUUGAGGUUGCUCGCUACCUGAUCCAGAAUGGCGCCUCGGUCUACCAUGUUGAGGAGGAUGGAUAUACGGGCCUCCACCACGCAGCCAAGCUGGGCAACCUAGAAAUCCUGAAAAUGCUUCUGGAGACGGGGCAGGUCGAUGUGAAUGCACAGGAUAACGGUGGCUGGACGCCCAUCAUCUGGGCAGCAGAGCACAAACAUGUUGACGUGAUCAAAGCACUGCUGAACAGAGGAGCUGAUGUUACUAUCAAAGAUAAGGAGCUAAAUGUAUGCCUCCACUGGGCGGCGUAUGCAGGCAACGUAGAUAUAGCCGAGCUGGUGUUGAACUCUGGCUGUUCCCUCGCCUCAGUUAACAUGCACGGGGACACGCCGCUCCAUAUCGCCGCCAGAGAGGGAUACUUGGAAUGUAUCACGUUGUUUCUCUCCAGAGGUGCAGAUAUCGACAUCAUGAACAGGGAGGGAGACACCCCUCUCUCACUUGCACGGGUUGAUACGCCCGUGUGGGUUGCACUACAGAUCAACAGAAAGCUGCGGAGGGGAAUAACCAAUCGCAUGCUUCGGACUGAAAGAAUCAUCUGCAGCGAUGUUGCACAAGGCUACGAGAACGUUCCGAUUCCCUGUGUGAAUGCAGUUGAUGACGAGGGCUGUCCUUCAGACUACAAAUAUGUUUCAGAGAACUGUGAAACUUCAGCCAUGAACAUUGACCGCAACAUUACACACUUACAGCACUGCAGCUGCACUGAUGACUGCUCAUCCAGUAACUGCCUCUGUGGGCAGCUCAGCAUCCGAUGCUGGUAUGACAAGGAUCAGCGGCUGCUCCAGGAGUUCAACAAAAUUGAACCUCCACUAAUAUUUGAAUGCAACGUGGCCUGUUCCUGCUAUCGAACAUGCAAGAACAGGGUGGUACAGGCAGGCAUCAAAGUUCGUCUUCAGCUGUACAGGACAGAGAAGAUGGGCUGGGGCGUCCGGGCUCUGCAGGACAUUCCCCAGGGAAGCUUCAUCUGCGAGUAUGUUGGAGAGCUUAUCUCUGAUGCAGAGGCCGACGUCAGAGAAGAUGACUCUUACCUGUUUGACCUGGACAACAAGGACGGCGAGGUGUAUUGCAUCGAUGCCCGUUACUACGGCAACAUCAGUCGCUUCAUCAACCACCUGUGCGACCCCAACCUCAUCCCGGUGCGCGUGUUCAUGCUGCACCAGGACCUGAGAUUCCCCCGCAUCGCCUUCUUCAGCUCAAGAGACAUUCUCAACGGACAGGAGCUGGGGUUCGACUAUGGCGAUCGGUUUUGGGACAUAAAGAGCAAAUACUUCACGUGCCAGUGUGGAUCGGAGAAAUGCAAACACUCGGCCGAGGCCAUCGCCCUGGAGCAGAGCAGGCUGGCUCGGACGGAGGCCUGCCCAGAAUCUGGAGCCGACUUUGGGAUAACCGUGAUCGCGAACUCCUAACACACGUAACACACGUGGAUCUUUUGUAAAAUCCUCUUCACAGUGGGAGUGCAAAGACAUUUAAGAAAGUCUGUAUGUGAUGUAUGGUGCUCUUUUUUUCUACGGUUUGAUGACAUGAUUUUUAACAUUGUCAGUGUCAUGUUUGAAGACAACAGGUCAUGUGAUUGUGUACAUACAAAGUUGUUUUUAGUGUGUCUCAAGUUUGAACUUUGUUCAUUAGGAAUGGAAACAUGGGAUUCGACUGUGUUAGCCUUAUUUUCAUUAUUUUUAUACAUACUUUUCUCCUUUGUCACAACUAAUGUAAUAAAUUGGCUCAUGAGUUGAUCUUUGGGCUUUUGCAUUAA